AUGAAGGCAUACAAAGAGCUCGAGCGCGUCUUCACUAAACUAUACCGCUAUGAGCACUUCAUGAACCUUGCUGGUUGGGAUAUGCAAGCCAUCAUGCCCCCCAAUGCAAUGGAAGCACGUGGUGCAGCAAUUGCGGAAUUGGAAGUGCUCAUGCACGGAGAGAUUACCAACCCCAAAGUGAAGACAUUCAUUGAGGAAGCGGAGGGCUCUGUGGGGGAACUUAAUGAACUUCAACGGGCCAAUUUGCGAGAAAUCCGCCGAAGUUGGGAGAAGGUCAAUCGCCUUCCUGAGGCAUUUGUGGAACGUAAGGCCCUCCUAACGUCCAACUCACAACAACUGUGGAAGAAGUGCCGGGAGGAAAAUGAUUUCGCUGGGUUUCUUCCCACGUUUAAAGAACUCGUCGAGCUGUAUCGUGAGGAGGGAAAGCUUCUUGCAGGAACCACCGGCGUGCACCCGUACGAGGCCCUUGUUGACGUCUAUGAACCUGGCAUGACGCUUAAGCAACUGGACAUAAUAUUCGAAAAUGUGAAGUCAUGGCUACCCAACCUCUUGAAAGAAGUUUUGGAGAAGCAGAAAUCACUUAACGCAUCUAUUGUGCAACCCAAGGGACCAUUCCCUAUUGCCAAGCAAGAAACUCUCGGACGUGCGUGCAUGAAGUUGUGGAAGUUUAACUUUGAUGGCGGCCGACUGGACGUAAGCGCUCACCCAUUUUGUGGUAACGUCAAGGAGGAUGUGCGCAUUACGACCAGCUACAAUGAAAACGAUUUCGCCAAAAGCCUCUUUGGUGUCAUCCACGAAACUGGGCACGCAAAGUACGAACAAAAUUUGGGUCCUGUCGAGUUCACCACCCAACCUGUGUGUAGGGCCCGUUCUCUAGGGGUACACGAAAGCCAAUCGCUCUUUGCGGAAAUGCAAAUUGGACUCUCGGGUGCCUUUAUGAACGCGCUUUCCCCCAUGCUCGUGGAGCACUUUGGCGAGCAACCCGCCUUCACUCCAACAAACAUGAAGAGAGUGUUGCAGCAGGUGCAACCAAGCCUUAUUCGCAUUGAGGCCGAUGAGCUCUGCUACCCCCUGCACGUCAUCUUGCGUUGUGAGAUCGAGCGUGACUUAAUCGACCGUAAAAUCGAAGCAGAGGAUGUUCCUCGUGCAUGGAAUGAGAAGAUGAAGGCCUAUUUUGGUCUUGAAACCCUCGGUAAUGACAAGGAGGGUUGCUUGCAGGAUAUUCACUGGUUUGGUGGGGCAUUUGGUUACUUCCCCACUUACCUCCUGGGUGCCAUGCUUGCGGCGCAGCUGAUGCAUACCGUACGGCGGGAGCUCGGGGAAAACGUUGUGGAAGACUGCCUCAUGAAAGCAGACCUCGACGUAAUCUUUGCGAAGCAGAAGGAGAAGAUCUGGCGUCAUGGAAGUUCUCUCUUAACAGAAGAACUCAUCAAGCAAGCCACCGGCGAACCGCUCAAUCCGCAAUACCACCGGGAGCACUUGGAGCGUCGCUACCGUGACGAUGCCAACUGA